AUGGCUAGUCAAUCUGACUCAUUGGGGUUAAUAAGGUCAAGCCUAAUGAAAAGAUGGAAUAGACUAGUAGAAUCUUUCAAAUUCGCCCAGUUAAUACUUGAUAGACAAGUUCUACCAGAUAGAAAUUGGGACUUACAUGUAUUUAUUGAUGCUUCUAAAAAUGGAUAUGCAGCUAUAGUGUAUGCAACGUUAAGAGUGGAAAACACUAUAUAUUCUGGUAUUAUAUAUGCAAAGACAGCAGAGGUAGAAGGAAAAAUAAUAAAACGUGUGAAAGAACAAUUAAAGUUAGAAAAAACAAUAUUGACAGCAUGGACUGACUCAAAAUGUGUUCUAUACGUGCCAUCAGAAGAUAAUUCAGUUGAUAUAGGAUCAAAAAGAUGUACUCCAAAUGAAUUAAAAAAUAAUGACUUCUGGUGGUCUAUUAGAUAA